GUCGGUAGAUAUUUAUUGUACAGUUAAUUUCAGAAUACCUUUAGAACAAACGGUACUGGACUGCAAGUCAAAAGCCCAGAUAAAAAGUGUAGCGGAGUUCCUCUCGCAGCUGCCGGAACCACCAAGCGAUAAGGCGAUCAAGCUUGCUGUUAGCGACCUUAAAGAAAUCGGUGCGCUAACACCUCAGGAACAGCUAACCCGCCUCGGAGGUCUACUUCGUCGUUAA